CCCUUGUGGAGUCUGCUAAACGAGGCUAUUGCAGUCAUAUGACGACCAAAACAAAGAUGGCGGGAACCAGGUUUCGGGAAGAGCGUUGGAACAGUUAACUUCAUGGGACUAAAACUGGAGUGUUGGUAGCUUAUUUGGUGCUAUGGCGGACAGAAGCAUUCCUACACCAGCUACAGUUGACGAGGAAGACGGGAGAAUGUCUGCAGGAAAAGACGUUAUCGGAGCAAGCGAGGUUUUCUCUCAACUUCUUGCGAGUGAGGCAUCUGCAUGGAGUCGAGAGGAAGGCAUGGGUGUUGUGUUAGCUGACCCGGGAACAAGUGCAGGACCCUGGGAACAAGCUCCUGGAGUUGGAGGACAGCUUAUACAGCAUGCCCAGACAUUGAAGAACAUUCACAACUACUUCAAGAACCUCGAGAGUCGACGCUGCUGCAUGAGUUUAGCAGGCAGACAGACUGUCUUCAGCCAUAUGAGAGUGGUGAAACAAGAUGGGGAUGCCAGUCUUGAGGAAGGUGCUAUGUCAGCAACAAAAAAGGGAGUUCGCAUUUCACACAGACACCUCAGUGAUAAGGAGUUUCGCCUGUACAAAGUUGCCCUAGUCUGUGCCCAGUUCCCCGUACUGAGCGCCCCCGACCCCCCGUCCACACCCCACACCCCUUCCCCCUCGGCACAGCGCAAGUUCCAGUUCCCACACAAACCCACCCUCACCCCCAUCCCCUCCUCUCCCCUUCCCAACUCUGACCCCCAAACACAAGAGGUUGGAAGUCAAAGGUCAACAGCCAAGGGGUCAGGAGGUCAAGGGUCAGGGAGUUCAGACGAGGAUAAGUUGACGUCUCCAGUACAGCCCGAGGCCCUGUGUGAGUUGGUGAGGCAGGCAUUUGGACUGAGUCAGGAGAGACAUCUACAGUACACACGGCUGAUCAGGGACGAAACUAACACCAAGUCUACUGCUAAGCUGCUUGUUGAGGAGCUUGUUGGACAGCUGUCAAUCCUAGAGAACAACAGCCAUUCAUUCUACAGUCCUCAGGCAUUCCUGAGCAGGAACGCGUACGACUUCUGGCAGCAGAACGAGAGACAGAACAUCACCCGACUCAUCGGAAAGUUCUGGCACUUUGCCCUCCCCCCUCCCCUGGCCUCCACACACAAGUACCUGAGGGACCACCACACAGACUACAAAAACCUCAUGGCAAAACUCAUCAAAUACGAGGAGGCCUGUAAGGAAGACUUAAGCUCCUCAGGAUCUGACAAACCCCAGAGUAUCCUGUCUUCAACUAGCAAGAGACUCCUCCAGGAGUUCUCUCUCAGAUAUGGGGUGGGAGAACUCUAUUCUAGGAUUGUGUAUCUGGAACACCUAACCAAUAACCUGGAGCAGAGCUGGGACACUUGGUACAUCCAGCAUGUGACCGAGUCCCUGAGUAAGAUCAGGGAGAUCCUACAUUUCCACGCUGGCACCAUGGUCACUGUUAAACAAGAGCUAACAGUAUUGGAGAACUCAGUGAUGCUGCUACAUGGUCAGUGUGGAAAUGCCUUCACUCGCAUCAAACGACUCUUCAAGGAAAACAAGCCGCCCCAUGCUGUUGCAUCUCUGAUUGACCUAUUGGAGGUUGUACUGAAUGUAAAAGAGCUUCUGACUGGUCGGAAGGUGCGAGGUGUGCAGCAGUGGCUGGUCCAAUAUGCAAAGGAACGUCUGGCCCUGAGCUAUGAGAGACACAAAACGCUGGCCCAGAAUGAGCUAAAGCUGCACACCUAUGGGCCAGGACUGUCUCCUAAACUGUUGAACAUCUUGUUGAUCAACAUUCGUGAUGAGAUCCAAGAUUACAAGGAGAACUUUCAACAGGUGUUUUCCAAGUACUUUGACAUGGUCCAACUGGCAGCUACAGAGUACUACAGUUUCUUCAUGGAGGAUGUGGUGACUUUGUGUGAACAGGGACUGGGGUCUGCUGACGUAGAACAGGAUCGCCUGAUGUUGAGCCUGGCUUACCGACUGAACCAACUAGAUGAGGACCUGAACAACUACAUACACCCCAGCCACCAGCGCUGGCGGCGCUCGUUUCUGAAGCAGGCUCUCCAUUGGCUGGAUGUGAUGAAGGAAGAUGUACAGACACUGGUGGUGCAGGCCGUGGGGGCUGAUAAGUACAAGCCUCUUACAAUCAUGGACAAGAACAUCCCUGCCAAGGUCAUGUCGCAACAUCUCAGGUCAAAGGUCGGAAGGUCGCUGACCCCAUCCCUCCACUCUGCGUUCAACAGCGUGACCUCUUCCAUCACCUCGUCCCCGAAGAUGCACACCCCAAACUCCGACUCAUCCACCCCCAAACCUCCCAGCAUGCAUAGCUCUGAGGGAACUCUUUCACCCAAUCAGGAGAGGAGAGACAACCAUGUGACUCUGUCAGCCAAUGAGAGGCUUCCACCAGGGAUGCCCCAGAGGAGCAUGAGUUUACCAGAUGCUGUGUAUGAUGAUAACGAUGAUGAUGAGAAUCAAUCCUCCUUAUCGUUCAGAACCGAUCCCGGCAGGCACGUGUCUCUGCCCAUCGGUAGCUACGAGUCGGCCUCGGAAAAGAUGUCCAUCGCUUCCAUGAUCAUAGAGGUAUCCACGGUGGAACAGGUAUCGGAUGACAGUCGGGAUGCAAACGAUUAUGUGCCAGUGCCAAAUGCUGCUGAUGCUACCGCAACAACAUCAUCAGAGUCAACUCUUGUAAAUUCACAGAUCCAGUCAGACCUUUCACAAGUUUCUCCAGACUCCACACUAGUAGCAGAAGAUCCCAGCAACAAAGUAGAUCCGGGUAUGGCAAAAAGUGUCAAGAAAGACAAAAAUUCUUCCCAGAAAAGGACUUCCGUGGAUUAUGGAACAGACCAGUUCCAAGACGUGGACUCGAGCGAAGACUCCUUUAGCUCUGACGACGACUUUAGAUUCAUAGAAGACUACCACCAGAAAGGUGGAAAAGCACCACAACAAACAACAACAACAACAACAAGUGGAUCCGAAGACAACACCGACGACCAGCAAGCCGGACUUCCGCCUUUGGAGUUCGUGAGUCUCAUGGAGGGUUUCCAAGGUUUUUCCUCUAGCGAUAUGCCGAUCAAAAGGCCGGAUGCAGUCGUAGCGAGCAAGGAAUGUAAGAACAACAAAGUCGACAGAAUUCUAGGUACAGACACAGUAAGAGAUGGCGCCAGUAGGACUCAAAACACCCUGGACCAAGAAUCCCUACCAAAAGGGUUACAGAAUGGUUUAGACAGGGAUAGGACUUACAGUGGGAGCAUAGACGACAGUUUUGCCAGUCUGUCGAGCUUCGGCACGGCGACGGAUUCGGACAGCAGGGAGGGAAAGAUAAAAGUGUGUCCUCUGUCAGCCUCGUACGUGGACAUUACAUGUAUGAUCAGGAGAGCAGCCGAGUUUGUGGAGACACUGUGUAAGGUGCUCUGUCCGGAUGAGUCUGUUCUUGUCCCCAUCUCUGAGGUGGAGACGGAUGCUGAAGAGGUCAUAGGUCAGCAGGAAGGGUUGGAAGAUGCCCACAGCCUGGUCACAGACAUCAGAUAUGGACUGUACCAAAAACUACUUCAGGUGUUCUCGUCAGUCCUGUGCCUGUAUGGAGACAACCUGCUCUGCCUGGAUCUGUGUGCAACACCAGACAAUGUCGCUAGGGAGCUUCUAGGGACCAUGAUGGUGCAGCACCUGAUGGGUGAGAAGGAGAACUACGCCACCUGGGGCUGCCGUCACAUGCUGAACAACAUGAGCAGCUGCUUCCAGUACAUCAGCAAACAGGCCAGCUACCUGUGUGACAGCUUCGAACCUGUCACAGAAGAGAUGUGUGUCCGCAUCAACAACAUCCACGCCCUGCUGGAUGUACUGCCCAAGGUCGACGAGCUGCUCCACAGGGCUGUGGGCAGCAUCAGCUGUAAGGACAGCCGCUGUCAGGAUGCUGUCAAUGAAGAUUAUGUGGUAGUCGACCUGUGUACCCCAGGAACCCCAUCCACAUCCCCAUGGACAGACAGUGACCGAGACGGCACCGGCCACAGCAGCACCACCCCCCAUCCCAGCCCCACCAGACAGGUCAGCAACGGUCAAAGGUCAGCAGGUGAGAGGUCACCGGGAGAUGGCACACCAGGUCAAAGGGCACCAGACAGGAAGUCGUCGGGAAAGAGAGGAAAUCGCUCAGCGUACGUCCCGUACAGGGCGACCGUUGUCUGCCAUGUCCGAUGGCACCUGCACAGGGUCAGGAAUGGACUGAUCCGACUUCUGGCUUACAAGAUUAACCUGUUUUUCCACCAAGCCCUGUCGCUCCUCUUGUCCCUCCCACUGUACGGUUACACCAUCCAGCAACGCCUCCAGCCAUUGGCCGAGUUCCUGACCAAUCACUUCCAGGCAUUCUCAGACUGGCUGUACACCGACUGCGUGCCAAAACUACAGAAGUCAAUAUGGGAGCUAAUCGUAAAGGACUUUGAAGAGGAGGCUUCCAAACUGAAGCAUCAGAACAACACUGCAGCCAAGGCCAAGACUCUUCUGCAAGCUGUGGCAUUCCUGGUACAGUUUGUCCAUGCUGAGGGACAAGGGCUGGACCUAGAGGACCUCAUGGCACCUGCCGAGGGAGUGUUGAGUGAGCUAGAGUGGUACACCGUCCCGACCAGACAACUCAUAUCACAGUACAAGCGACUAGCUGCACAGGAUUUCGUGCCUUCCCGUAGACUGAGCGCGCAGAACGUCCGCCUGCCCAGCCUGGAGGUGAUGUCCUGGAUGAGACACGAGAUGCACUCGGUCCGCAAGUGUUUCUCCGGCAGACAGAUGGUGGACUGGGUGGUGAGCCACGCCCACAUGCUGGGUCAGGAGCACCGCCCCGCCUCCUGGUACAACAGGAGUGCACUGCAGGAGGAGGAGGAGGAGAUGGAUGGUACUUAUGAUGAGGAGGAUGCAGAUGAUGAUGAUGAUGAUGAAGAUGACAGUGAAGACCUGGAACAGAAAGCGAUCCAGCUGUGUCAGGCAUUCCUGGACAGUGGUGUCAUCAGGUCUGUACUGGAGGACAACAGCAGAGCAGGGAGUAACGUCCUGAGUGAAACCUCCAGCCUGGCGGGUCCCCUGCCAGAGUUGGUGGUGGUGAGUCGACCCACCUCGGUACUAGCAUCUCUCACCACCGGUACCACUGCGAACACCACCGGUACUGGGCAGCCAAACUUGUCCGAGGUGGAUGAAGGACACUUGUCAGAGUCGAGCCAGCCAGAAGACAAGCGGGUGCGUACCCUGUCGAACAACGAGAGUCGACUUCGCUCCGUCUCGGAAUCCGACCCGGACUCCAGCUACCACUUCCCGGAGCGGCUUGGUAGCGACCCACGCGGCACGCCCCCGCAAAUCCCCGACGACCCGGACGUCUUCGCCAACACCGACUCCCACCUGUACCGUUUUACCGACAUCGAGGUGUGGCGAAUCAAGAGGAACACGGAAGACCAGACCGCGACCACAAACAGCUCGUUCGCCAGCCAAACGGAUCUCAAAGCUCGGAAAGUUCAGCCCGAUUUCCUGUUGAACAUUCUGCAAACGAGGAAACAGAGGGAUGACUUGGCGAAGAGGUUUCUGAGAGAUUUAGCUAAGGGGAUGGAGCAUCACACAGUUGGCUGCCUAGAUUUAAUUUGGCAGUAAUGGGUACUGCUGGUAUUGUGCCUAAAGUGACACAUAGGGCAGUAGGUUUUCUUGCUGUUUCUGUAGCAAGGUAUAUUUUUGCAGGGAGGGGUUGCAAGUCCUUCCACAUGCUUGAGGCACAUCCUCGAACAUGGAGCCAUAAUUUCAAUGUUCCUUCCGAAAGAUGGGUGCAGCCCUAACCAAAAUGCCCAACCCAGGAUUGAACCUGGCUGUCCCAGUUACUAAGUAAUUGGAACUAUAGGAGCUCAACUGUGAGGCUGCUACCAGUUGAGCUACAGGGACAUACAAAUGAUAAUGAGUAUUGCUGCUUUUAAAAUUAUUGAGAAUUGGAGGAGAGAAAUUAAAGUUGUAGAAUAGGACAUUUUUAGUAGUGCAGGCAUCUCUUGGGAUGUUCGAAGUCCAUAUAAGUUUGUAUAGUGUUUAUUGACGUUAAUUACUUGAACUCAACACGUAAUGCAUUGGGAAACGUACUUGGUUAUGUGUGAAUGUAGGGAAACUUGUACGUAAUGAUUCACCAUAGCUAUGAUGACUCCUGUGUUCUAAAAGUACAGAGGAGUGUCCUGAGAAUAUAGUACGACUGUCGCACAGUAUUAAUUGUAGGUGUUUUUAUUGCAGAUUUAUAUGUAUCUAUUAGAUAAAAUUCAUGGCUGAGCCAUGCAAACAAUGUAAGUCAGAGGACUGCAUUAUUUGUUGCAGUAAAGUGAAAAUGACAAUCUUCUAAUAGAAAGAUUGUGAGCCAGAAAGAUGUUAGAUUUUUAAAAUCGUACUUAAUCAUUCAACCAAAGUAUUUUAUUCCGAUUUUUGUGGAGAAAAUGAUUUUAUGUUACCAUAAUUAUAGAUAUAAGAUAAAGCGAAUGCUUUCAACAAUUGUGUCUACAGCAAUGCCAGUGUAUCUGUAGCAAGAAAACAAAAUGCAAACUUCAAAAUUUUAGUAUAGCAUUGCCUUGGUGUCAUUAUGCUUCAUACAGCAAAUUGUUUUGAACUUUAGUUCUUUUGCUAGGCAUAGUUUAAGCUGUUAUACUAAGGUUUUGAUAGACAAUGAUCGUAGCAUUAUUUUAUUAUCAUGACACAUAGUGGCCAGUAUUUUUAGCAUUUAUCAAAAGGACUAUCUGUGCAAUGUAUUUUGUGAGAUCUAAGAUUAAUUUAAACAUGUUUUAUGUUUAGUUUUGUUUCUGAAAAUGUAUAAUUCAAGAUUAUUAUAGAUUAUUAUAAUAUAUAAUUUUAAACCUGUUAAUGACAUUUGGCAGUAUACAUAACUUAGCAGUAAAUGUUAUGAUCUUUAUUUUAUAAAGACGUGUAGUUUUGAAUGGCGAUGAUGUUUCAAUUCCUGUAACAAAGAAUAGAGAUUAUGGAAUCUAAAAUUUCUUUGGGAAAAAAAAGUAUAUAGUAUUUCAUUUGUGGCCAUACAUUAGCAGCUAGAUUUCAGUUCAGGAUUCUUUAAUCUAGAUAGUGGAGGGAACUUAAAUAAUGCUAAUUUCAAAACAAAUUUGUAUAAUUAUACAUUAUAUAUAAUUUUGUAUAUUUUGACUGCUCCCUAGGGAACAAUUGAUGAUUUCGUCACCCUCUGCUAUGUUCUUAAUAAAUAUAUGAACUUGCAAGUGAUUGGGUACAUUUUGAA